AUGUCUACUUUUGAAGUUUUAGCCACAGACUGCUACAUAGUACAUGAAAUCUACAGUCGGGAGAAUGCCCAGGACCAGUUUGAGUAUGAGCUGGAAGCCCUGGACGAGUACACCGUGAUGGAGCCCACCCGACCAGGACACGACACAGCGCGUCGGAUCACCGUGGGCAAUUGCCUGCACAAGAAGGACGUGUUGGCGGGUGCCGCCUGCCUCUUCACCGCGUUGGCACAGCCCCUGGAUUCCUCCCGCUACAUCUCCCUGCCUGCCGGCGUGCUGAGGCUGGCCUGCUGGACCCUCCAUCGACGGCAGCUGGACCCUGAUGCCUACGAACUGUCUGUCCGCCUGCCUCUGCACACGCUCACCUCCUCCGCACCGGUGGUGCGGGUUCGGAAGGGCGACCUGCGCGGAAAGAGACCGCGCAACGCAAAAGCGCUGGCUGCCCUGGUGCGCUGGGUCAAGCUCUAUGAGCUCCACGCGGUGUGA